UCAAGGAAUAUGCCUUGAUGAGACAAUUGAUAUCGACUGCGUUCUCCAAAUGACAGAAAAUGGUCUUGCAAUCAUGGAGGUCCUUAAAGAACAGACCAAGCCUAAGGAGACGAUGAUUAAGCAGAUCUGUAACAUACUUUGUGACUGUUUGAAAGCACUUUACGGUUGCCGUCCAAGCAAUUUUUAUAAAAAAAAUCAAAUAGCUGUGUCCCUGGUACGGUCUUAUCCUACACUGGCAGCUAACUCCUCUGACACUCCGCAGGCUUUAUGGUUCCAUCCCCAUGCCCGAGGUACAAAUCGUCACGCAGGCCGGAUCCAUUACAGGAUGGAGUACCUUGCUAGGACAUCCGUUGACCGAGCAUCAAAGCGUCAUCCUCGCAUAGUAAAAUCUCAAGAAGCAGUUCAUGAAAGCAAUCUGGAGACCGAAAUCAAUUUGGUUGAAGCCGAAGGUAAGCUACGAUUCAUUGUACCAAACCAGCAGACAAAAUCCCAUGUGAUCGAUCUGUGGAACAAAACGUUUGAGAGACGACAGAAAUACCGGUUCGAGGAAAACUUUUUUUCGUUUGCAAAAGAUUGUCCUGUUAUAACGGCCUACGAUGGAGAUUUGAUCCGUAUUGAUUUCCAAAAACUCCAACCGACAGCGAAACCGUUUAUGGAAAACUGGAAUACGGUGGAACCAAAAGUGAUUAUGAAUAAUCGUGAACUCUACAUGGAACUCAAAAAUGAUUUCGUUCGUGCGCUGGCAAUUAAGGGCCACCCACAAUAUUCCGUCACCGUCACCGUCACCGUCAGCGUCAACUGA